AUGUCACCUCGACAGGUAAAGCUGCAGCGGAUGGAGCCAUCCCCUCCGUACACAAUUGCGAUUCCCAUGCGUGAUCAAGUGGCGACGAAAUUCCGUCACGAGCUGUUCCAGUUUCAUCAAUUGUUGCGGGAUGCAAUAGACGCCAGUCACCAAGAGCAUCGACAACCUGCUGAUGGGCAACGCUCUGCACGGUUCUCGGGGGACCGUCGUAUAUUGGAACUUAUGACUAGUGACCGCGGCGAUGCCGUGCUGAAGGAGUUUUUCGUACAAUGGCGACACGACGAUGGGACAAUGCUUUGGAGCGUACUGGAAACCUUUUUCGCUAACCUGCCACUCGUGGUGUCGGAGAGUGAUGCCGAAGGUGCUAGCAGUCCGAAGGCAUUCUUACGCUAUGCCGAUUCGCUCAACUCACUACGUGACUUAUUGGUCUCGCUCCUCUUUAAGCACUCGACACAUUCUGGAAAUGAAACAUUUGAUGGCGACAGCGAUGAAGAAAGCGAUUGCGGCCUGGAUUCGAGCAUUGGUCUGGGAUUCGGCUUGAACUUUAAGUCUAAACGGGGAAACGCGCGGUCAUCACCUCGCUCUCCACGGCAUUCAGCUCCAACACAGCGGCCUAGAAACCGCACGCCAUUUUACCUAUAUUGUCAGCAGCUAGAAAAUGAGUUGGAGCUGCUGCGUCGGCGAGUUCCCCACAGAAGGCCACGCAGCCCGGGAGUGAUGGCAGAAAUUUUAGGCGAUGUGGGCCUCCUACAGGAUAAUACGGUCAUGCUGCUGCUAGAUUUUUGGGGGCUACCUCACAAGGAGCGCUUGGCAUUUUUCUGCCAGAUUGCAAGUCAAGCCAACGAGGAAGACGCUAGCGCCAUCUUGCACGUCUUUCUGGACAACUGCACUACCCAGACCUUUCUCCAGGUGUGGGAAGCACUACAGCAGUCACCCCAAUUCCAGAAAAUGCUUCGAGAAGCGAAGCUACAGCUGGAGCCAGCAACAAACGAUAAAGCAGCGACCGCUAAACCUGUUCGGCGCGGAUUGUCACGACGAGGUUUGUCCAAAAGGCGGGAUCGACGAUCGACAAGAUUUAUCACGAUACGUGAGCGAGGACGUCUUUCACUUUCAGAUGCCAAUGAUCAUCCCGAUGAAGAAAAUCUUAGCGGUCGGCGUGGCUCGUUUAAACGUAGCGACCGCAGUCGCCGUCAACUCAAAACACCCAUCGACAGAGAAUCCAUGCCGCUAUUGGACUUACUCCACAGCGAUCUCACCGAGAUUAUCAAGAUGGAGGACGGCCCCGACGCGCAUAUCAUGGACGCAGUUUGGCAACUGCUCGAAGCACUUGAUGGUCGUCGGAUGCACGAUUCAAGGAGCGGCUAUCACCGCCGCCACUUUCCGGUACCCGCACCCACAGCAGUCGUUCAACCGCUGCCGCAGCAGCAGGUAGCAAACCCACGAGCGGCGUUGCGUACUCCACUCUCAGCCGAGCAGCAAUUCCUCAUGAAGCUGGAUCAAUUGCAAUCUAUGCUAUCUACGCUUGGAGAUGUGCGCGUGCACACAAUGAGCACGGAGACCAUUACCGGUGCCUACAGACGCAUUCCAAUCUUGACGAAACUGUUCGCAGCGCUUAGUGACACGAGCUUGGGUGCUGCUGGUGUCGACACUGAAAGUGGAGCUAUGUCGAACGUUGUUAGUAACUACGGCAAGGCGCAGCACCUCGUGAAUUCCUGGCAAGCAGGGGCCCCGAAGGAUAAGGCUCUCACUCCACUGCCAGCAACACCAGAAAAGCCGACUAUCCCAAAAGAAGACAAAGUCCGCGAAGAUGUUGAGGCCAUGGGUAUGCUGCUUGUCAAGUUCAGCAAGUUUGUGCGCAGCUUGGCCCCACUCGUCGACAACGAAGACUCAGCACCUAGUAGUGAGAGCCGAAGCGAUGAUGUGUUGCUUGUCAUGGACCUCGCUGACAAACUGGAGCAAGCUGGUACGCUAGCAGAAGUCCCUGUGGUAUUGGGAGGAGGUGGUGGGAAGCGCCGUCUCUCGCUAGCGGCAGACAGAGAAUUACCGAUCAUACUUGCAGUACAAUCGCUGGCGCGCGGCAACGAUUUGGAGGAUGUGGCAAGAUUAAUUGCAACGGCAAUUGGAGCUAGAAUGACCCGCAUACAAGUUCCUGCGACUGAAGCGAUUUCUGAGGAGGAGGAGGAGGACAAAACCCAAGGAAGGACAAUGCAGCAGUAUUCAAACGAAGAUGAAACUGCUACACUACGACAAGGUAAUGGUGACAUUCCUACAAACAUCAAGAAUGUAUCAGCAGCAACACGAGGCGCCAAACUCUUCAGCGUGGACAUCCUAUUGCGUAUCAUCAACCAGUUGUAUCGGGACAAUUACGAAGGCAUGGUGUCAACACUGCAUUAUGGCAGUCGACGAAUGGAGUUUAGCGAGUUCAUCUACGAUUGGCAUAUUCGAAAGUACGGACUCAAGGCGCUUGCCCAACGCCACCUACUCAAGCUUAUUCAGUCGCUUCGCAAACACGAGAAGAUGUUUCAGUGCCACCUGUGCUUGCGGUUCAUGGGCAUUCAGAUAUCCUCUUCAUUUCUCCGUUUUUCAUAUCUUCAUGUUGUCCCUAUUUUCCUAGAUUGUUUCCACGAGCACAAGUUUGUAUUGGGACUGCUAAGUCGCUGGUCUCUCGGGACAUUCUUAAGCGGCUCAAAGCAUCGUGUAGAGAUUCCUCAUCGAGAGUUCAAGAUUCGUAUAACGAUUGCGAUAUCCACGGUACAAGAAGCCUUACGAGAGAGGUUCGGUGCAUAUGCUCGAGGAAUGGAUGCCCUAGCGGAGCGGAUUCGGACUAAGGCUCUUCCUCGCGACGAAGAGUUUAUACGGGAAAACGAUCUGCUGAUCCUUUGCGUCGAAGAGUUCGGAUCGCAGCGAGCACUACUUGAAAAAGUUCUCGGAGCUGUAUAUCUCGCCGGCGAUAUCAACGGAGAUGGCAGUCUUGAGUUUGACGAGUUCGCAUCCGUGGUAACGCACCUGUCUCCCACGAUCGACGACCGGUUCUUGCAAAAGGUAUUCGAAGCGGCACAUGACUACUCGAAGCCAAAUCGCAUCUCAUUCGCGCGAUUCCUGGAUGUCAUCUUGCUCGAGCGUGUGCUGAAUCCGGCACCUCUCAUCGCGAGAGCCAAGGCUGCAGGAGCUGGCAGUGCUGGAGGAACGAGCUCGGCAGCGAAUGGAGUUGUGGACGAGCAGGAAGAAGUGUACCAGUUUGAGUUGUUACGUGAGACGUGGGCUCAUGACCGCGAGGCUGUGCAAAAAGUCCUGCAAACGAGCAUCACGCACGCUCCAACCGCGAAGACGUUGAGUUUCCGCGUCGCCUUCCUGGACCAACUACUGAGUCGGCGUGUGGAUGCCAAGACAGCGUGGCUGUGCCACCGACAGAUCAUGCGCGAGAUAGCGCGCUACCAACACCUGGAUGCUGAUCAGAUCGCUGGGCUGCGCUCGAAGGAGCAGCAGUUCAAGAAGACUGUGCGCGCCAUUCGUAAUGCGCAGUUGCUUCGCACGAUCUUUGCGGUGCCUUCAGCUAACAAGGAUACUGACGAAGCCGCCAAUGCGGAGGUGCCUACUGUCGAUGGGUUGGAGCCACCGCAAGUACCAGCGAGCUACACGGCGGCGGUGCAGCUCUCCUUGGAUGUACAAGCACCCGGAGCGACCAAUGUGGCGGAUGUGGCGGCGCUGGAAAAUGAACUUCGCGAGACUUUCCUGGAGCGAGCGGAUGAGGGAGCGAUCGAGGACUACAUGGCGGCGAUGCAGCACUUGCGUCGCGUGAGUAUCAACCAGCAGUCGCUGCAAUCGCUGUUCGAGUCACGCGAAGAAUCGACCUUGCUGCGGACGGAAGGAACGCUGCAGGAAGGGGACGAAGAGAGCGACGCAGAGGAGGACGACCACGACCACGAGAACAAAGAGGACGAAGCGGAGGUUGCGUAA